AUGUCACUCGAUAUGGUACACGAACCUACAUUCUCAAUGCAACAUCUGCCUCUGGUCAAACUGUCAAUCAAACUUACAAAGGAAAGUCAACUACAGGUGCUGAGUGGCCUACUCCCAAGGACUCUGUCCAAACUGGAUAUCAAUGGCGAAUUCGACUCAUCACUGGCCGGUCUGCCAGAGUCACUUGGUACACUCACCAUUAAUGCUAAUUGGCACCAUCGAAUCACACCUGGGAUGCUGCCUCCCAACUUGACAGAGCUCCACCUUGUAUCUGGAUACCCACAGUCCAUCUUAAAGGACGCAUUGCCCUCCAAGUUGGCCUGUAUCGAUAUGGGCAGAUCAUUCAAUCAACCAAUAGACAACCUGCCGCCAAGUGUAACCGAGUUGUAUCUUGGCCACAACUACGACCUACCGCUGCACUACCUCCCAGUUCAAUCUCUCUAUCAUUAUGGCAAAGCUUCAUUCUUCCCAGGACAAUCAUUCCCUACAAUAACGUCAAUGUGCUUAUGCCAAGAUCUCAACACGAUACUAUCGAUCACUGAAUCAAUGUUUCCAAACCUCGACUCUCUGAUCCUCUUUGACUUGGAAGUUGAUGAUUGGGAUUCUUUGGACCUCUCGACAAUGCCCUCAUCGCUGAGGCUACUUGACAUUCAAGCACAUGGACCAAUCUCAUCGCUGCCCAAAGGUCUCAAACAUCUGAACACUCACUGCUACUCGGGCAUGUUCGACAAAAUCGAUGUACUACUACCGCCAUCACUUGAGUUCCUUCAUCUUCACUCAUAUCAGCAUCCAAUCUCUAUUGGUGAUCUCCCUCAAUCACUCACAUCAUUGUCUCUGAUCGAUAUGUUUUACAGUCUACAUCCGACCGUCAUUCCUCCAUCAGUCCGCACACUAAGCAUCAACAGUUUCAAGAGAGGAGAGCUCUUUGAGCACCUCGACCUUUUGCUGGCAAUGACAUCACUGUUUGAAAUCAAACUGCGACGACACCGCGACAAUUAUACAGCAUCCUUUGAGUUGCUACGAAUCAGCGAUACACUAUUCUUGAAUCACACGGCAAUGUUACCCAGCUAUGGAUUCAUUGAUGCUGCUACCAUCCUUGCCAAGACCAAAUAA